AUGAAGCGACGACGAAUGUCAGCCGAAUGUGAAAUGGAUCAUUCAUAUGCUAUGCCUAAUGUUGUAAGUUACAUUUGAGAUUUUAAAUUUACAAUAUUUUAUAUUUUUAUUAAUUUAUUAUUUUAUGUUUAGAAUGAUAAUUCAAAUGUUCUUUUGAAAAAAAUUAAUAAUGUAUAUUCCAACCAACAACUGAAUGAUAUUACUCUUGUAGUGGGUGGAAUAUCAUAUCCCGCUCAUCGCUUCAUGUUAUGUAUAUCCAGUGAUGUAUUUGAGGUGAUAUUUUUUAAUUAUCUACCUGUUUUGUUGAAUAGAUAAAUUAAUUUUAUUUACUUAAAGACAAUGUUGAUGAGUUCAAAAUGGAGUGACUCUCACCAAGAAGUCAUUGAGUUACAAGAAGUUCAACAGUGUAUUGAAAUAUUUCCAAUUUUUUUACAAUAUUUUUAUACAGGUGUAAUAUCACUUGAACAAAGUAAUAUUAUGCCAAUAAUUGUUUUAGCUGAUAAGUAUAAUGUCAAGGUAUAAACAAUACUAAACAGAUUUAUAUAAAUAUAAUAAUAAAAUCUACUUAUAUUAAUUUAAAAUGUUGAAGGAUCUCACUGUACUAUGUGUUGAAUAUAUGUGUGAACAUAUAGCUGAUGCUGCUAAUCAGGGCCAGUUGGUAACAUGGUUUCAAUAUGUGUUGUCAUUGAACCAACCAACUACAAUGAAUGUAAGUAUUUAGUAAUAAUAAUAUUUGAUUUCAAUAAAAGGAUAGUUUUAAAUUAGAUUGUAGAAUAUAUUUAUUUAUAUGGAAAGAUAUUAUAAUGAAAUUAAUUAUAUAAUAUCUGAAAGUAAAAAUUGUUGCUAAUUAUAGCUAAUGUUAUAAUAAUGUUAUUAUUUAUGUAAGUAUGCCAGUAUUAAAAACAAUUUAUCAAAAUAUAAAUACUUAAAGAAUCUUAAAAUGUCCUAUUAACUAUUUGUCAACUAAGCCAUUUUAUUUAUUUAGGUUUCUACACAUAAUCGUAGGGCUGUAUUAACCAUUAGGCUCAAUGAGAAACAUUAGGUCUAAAAAAAAAGGAGCUAUAGCCAAAAUAAAAUAGUUUUAAUUAUAUACAAUUUAUUAUGGAAUUUAAGCUCAACCGCUAUCCUUACAUAAGUCUUUUGGACAAUGCGCCAAUAAUGUAUUAUUAUUGUAAUUGUUGAUUAGUAUCUUAUUAUAUUAUUAUGUUAGGGAGCAUGUAAAAACAUCAAAAAUAAAUUAGCUGAUUAUUAUAAAUAUGAUUAUUUAAGCAGACAAAUAUUUUUGCCAAUCUGUAUUUAAGCCAAAAAAAAUUUGAGUAGAUAGUAUUUUAUCCAAAAAUAUUACAGCCGAUUCUAAUAAAGAGAUAAGGUCAGAACUUUAAAAAAAUGAUAAUGCAAGAUUAGAAAUAAAUUAAAAGGAGAGAAAUUCUGUACAUAUUACUUUAAAAUGAAAAACAAGUUAAAUAGAUGCCCCAAGUAAUCCAUUCUAUGUUAUUUGAAUUUUUUAAUCAAUGAAGUUGAUUUGAAAGUAUAUUGGUUUAGUUUUUAUAAAAAAUCUAAUAUGUGUAAGUGGAUGUUUAACUACACAUGAAUAAUUUAAAUGCUUACAAAUGGUUGAAAUUUAAAACUUAAAUUAAUAUUAUAUAUUUGUAUCAUAGAAAUAUUCAAAAUGUUGUUUUAUCAUUUUUUGUUUGUUCAAAAUUGUGUCUGAAUUAUAACUUAAAAUUUGUUCAAAAUAUCAACAUUCAAACUUCAAAGCCUUCUAAUUCAAUAUUUUCUAAUUAAAAACAAUGAUAGGAAAUGUACAAGUUGAUAAUAAGUAGUUUUGGACAGUUUAAUUGAAAUAUUUUCAGCUAAAAUACAUUUCGGCUGUUUAAAAGUUGUAGUUUGUUAUUAGUCAUGUUGUCAAUCAAUUUUAAAUGCUUUCAUAAUUAGUAUUUAUGAAUAAAUAGUAAUUGGUACAGUUAUGGAGAUUAGUUCUAAAAUUAUUUCUAAUCUAUACUGUAUCACAGGUGAUCCAUUUAAGUGGGUACACUUAUUAUCUCAGAAAGUAAUAACUUUUUUAUUUUCUAGAACAUUUAAGAAACAAGAAGAUCUGCAAUUUUAUAUUUAUGUUAUUUUUUGUCACCCUUCUUUUGGAGUGUAAAACCACUAGCUUCUUUUAAUUUUCAAAUGGCAACCUAUAUUAAAAAGUCAAUAAAUAAAUGGAUUGUUAGUUAAAAUAAAUUUUAGUGUUGACAUUUUUGAUUUCUGACAAUCCGUUGACAAGAUAUUGCACUUUUAAGUUAGGGUUGAAGGGGAGAGUAGUGGUGUAUUAUUAACAUACCUCGCAUUGUGCCGUUACGCAAAUGAUACUACACUACUCUCCUCCAACCCUAACUUAAAAGUACAAUAUCUUGUCAAUGGACUGACAGAAAUCAAAAAUGUCAAUACUAAAAUUGAUUUUAACUAAUACUUCAACUAUUUAUGAAAUUUUUAGUAUAGAUUGCCAUUAGAAAAUCAAAAGUAGGAUGUGGUUUUACCCCCAAAAAUAAAGGUUAAAAAAAAUAUCAUAAAUAUAAAAUUGUAGAGCUGGUUAUUUCUUAAAUAUUCUAGAAAACAAAUUCCAGAAAAAGUUAAUACUUUCUGAGAUAAUGAGUGUACCUACUUAAAUGGAUUACCUGGUAUAUUAUAUAAAAAGUUGAAGUAUAACAUAAAAUUUGAUGUAAAUUAUUUUUAUAAGUAUGAUAUGAAAAAAAACUUUUUCAAUCAGUGUCUUAGACGUAUGUAUGGAUUAAUCCAACCCUAUAUAAGCAUAAUAUUCCAUGUUACUAAUUUCUUUUGAAACUAUAGUAACUUAAUUGUUCAAAAUAUUUUUAGAAACCGGGAACUUUGCAUACUUGUAAAAUUCUGGAAAUAGACUCUAACUCGUUUUAUAAUUAUUUUAUUUUGUUUCAGGCUUUAUAUUAUUGUAACAUUUGGCAAGACACUGAAUGUGUGAGCAUCAAACCACCGUGGAAUAAAUUACUUAAAGUAAGAAUAUAAUUUAAAAUUGUAUGUUAAUAAAUUACUUUUACCACUUCAUAAUAACUCUAAAAAUGAGUACAUAAUAUUGACAGAGCUGUUACUAAAUUAAAAAAAACAAUAAAAAAUGAUUUUUGAGUAACAAUUGUUUAAAAAAAAAAGUGAAUAUAUAGUGUAUAUUAUUCUUAAAAUAAUAUUUAAUAUAUUAUUAUUACAUAAUAACAUAAGAAGAAUUAUUACAUUUUAAUUCUUUUUUUUAAAAAAUACUCACUUUUAAAUUAGUUUGUUCAUUUUAGUAUAAAUGCAUUUAAUUAAUGACAUAAAAUAACUAUCAAAUAAAUAAACGUAUUAACAAUAAUAACAAUUAAGCACAGACAUACUUUGCACAAUGGGUGAGCCACUGUUGCGGGUGAAAAGUUAGGAAGGUAAGAUUUAAAGUGAAAUUGAAUGUAUAUCUAACCUAAUGCAACAAUUAACCAUUACUUACAAAAAAAGAUUCCAAGUGAAGUUCAAUCAAGUGAAGCGAAUAUUUUGAAAGGCUGUAAUAUUUAUGAUUUUCGUCAAAAUUUGAUAUUAAAUUUUUCUUAAAAUCAAUUUUUUUUUUUUUACAACUUGUAAUAAACAAUCUGUUAAAUUUUCAAGCAUUUCUAUUUGGUCUGGCAAUUUUAUUCACGGAGUACCUACUAAAUAAAAAUUAAAUAGAGAAAAAACUACCAAAUUUAAAAUGCCAAUUUAUAGCUCAACAAUUUUUUGAAAAUUUGACCAUAUUUAGAAAAACAAAUAUAAAUGUUCUAUCUAAAUUUCAAGUCUCUACAAAUAUAUUUAACUGGAAAAAAAAAUUAAUUUUGUAAAUAUUCCCAAUUUUGCUAAGUUUUUCCUAAUUAUUAUGAAAACCAAUUGAAAAAUCUAAACACUCUCAGAUACCACCUAGGUAAAAUGUUCAUUCAGAAAAAGUACUACACUUGAAAAUCGGAGCAAGAUUUUUAGUAGGUAAGUUGUUUUCAUGUAUAAUAAAAACAUCUGUAAAACCAAUACAUUCCUCAUUUAAAUCAAAAUCUAGAAUAAGUUUGUAUAUAAACUAUUUAAAUUAUAAUUAAAAAGAAUAAAUAUUAACUCAAUAAAUGAAGAACAAUUAUAUUCAUCUUCAAUUAACUUUGAGUUUUUAAUAAAAAUAUUUAUAUGUUUAAUUGUAUGUUUUUCUCAUAAAUUAUUUACUUCCUCUAAUGAUAAUCACUAAAAAACAAAGAAAAAAAGAACAAAAUAUUUCUGGAAAAAUUGUCUACACAUAAGUUAUAUUAAAAUUCAUUACUAUGAAUCAUAAAUUAUCACAUUACACUUUGCAAAUACUAUAUGCCCACUUUUAUGUCAAUAAUAGCUAAAAAAAAAACUAGACUAGUAUUCUACAAUAUUCACUAAAUUAAUUUAAUAUAGUGAAUAAUAGUGUGUAAGUGGCAGCCUUGUAUAAUAGAAUAGUCAAAUAAAUUUUCCCCAUAGUAUUUUAAUAUAAUAAAAUUCAUUUCCAACAAAAUGAUGACUUACAUUAUUAUUUUUAAUCAUUAGGCUUGCAGAAAUUAUAUUAAAUGGAAUCUGGACUCCUGUGAAAAAUGUUUCAACACAUUUCACUGUGAUAUUCUUGUUGGGUUAUUAAAACAAUCUGAUAUUGUUAUAUACGAUGAAAUGCAGUUGUUUGGGUAAUGUUUCAAAAUAAAUUUUCCUAUUACUAAACUUAUAAAAUACAUUUUUUUUUUUUUCAUCUUAUAUAUAGUUGUGUUGCAUCCUGGUUAAAUUACCAGUCUGCAGAAAAAUUGCUUGAAUGUAAUGAUGCAGAUGCAAUUGAGGACUAUAUGAGUUCCUUGACACAGCAUGUUAUGUCAUACAUUAGAUAUCCAAUGAUUCUUCCUAGACAGUUGGCUCAGUUAUUAAUGGUACCAGUUGUUAAAAAGAAUAAAGAAUUUUUUGUUGAUAAAAUGGCGGCAGCAAUGGAAUUUAAUUUAGUUAAAAUGGGUAUAGUAUCUAGAAUUAAACUGUUAUUAAUAACAUUGAGUUUAAUUUUUGUUUUUUAUUUUUAGAAAUACAACCAAAUAAUGACCAUUCACGAGAAUGUACUCCAAGAUUAUAUACUAGCGAACGAUGGGGGUGUUCCUUUAGGGUGCGCACAAAAAACAUAAAAAACAACCAACCAAUAAAACGAGAAAUUGUGACUUGUGGCAAUUUGUUUGAUCGUGAAAAACAGUUGAAUGCUGAAUUAAAUUGGGUUGGUAGAAUUAAAAUUGAAAAACAAAUUAUCAUUUAAACCUUUAAAACAAGUUAAACGAAGUUAAUAAGUAAUGUAAACUGUAGACACCUUGUUGAUUAUUUACUAACUGUGAGGUUAUCUACUUUGGUGACUCUUUAGUUCAAAAAGCUAAUGGUUAUCAUCCUGUUGAUUCAUUCAUAAAAUUAAAUUUUAUUAAUCUUUUAAAUGAUAUACCAAUCUAUAGUUUUAAUAAGUGUAAAUAUCAUGUAAUUUCUAACUUUUUUUUCUAAUAUUAACUUUGAGGUAAACCUAGAGGACCUAUUUCUUGAAGAUUCUAUUAGUAAAUUGCAGGGCUUGUUAAUUUUCAAAUAAUUUUGAUAAUUAUCGAUAUAUAUAAUUAUUAAUUAAUUCAAACAAAAAAUAAAAUGUAUAAGGUGUUAAAGUAUGUAAGUUAUACUAUGUAUAGAAUCAAAAAGCUUAGUGUUUAUUGUUUGAAAAAAUUAUCCUACAAACAAAUAUUAAUAAAAAACAAUACAAUUUCAAUUGAAUUUUAAAUUUUUUGUUAUAAAUUAAUUUCAUCUAUUUUUAGAAAUAAUGUUAUCAGAUAUUUUUUUUAAUAUUAUAUUGUAUAAUAAGGAUUGGAUAGUUAUCAGCAAACCCUGGUAAAUUAUAUGAUAUAAUUAAUCACCCUUUCACCAUUUUUGUGCAAAUAAUUAUAAUUCUAUAUAAAGUUAUAAACCCCUUGAAAGAUUAAUAAUUGAUGAAAAAAUGUGUUAAUAGAAAAUGUAAGAUUAGUACUUUCUAUUUAGAUUAUUUUAUUUAUUUUAAUAUACAUAAAAAUUUGAAAAUUUACAUUAAAAUUUUUAUUAGUAGGUACUCUGUAGAUAAAAUUGUUAGACCUAAUGGAAAAGUUUGAAAAUUUAACAGUAGGUUCAUUAUAAGUUGUAGCUUUGUAGUAAAAAAAAAAAUUGAGUUAAAUGUAGUAUUUUUAUUUUUUUACGAAUUUUAAAAUUAAAUUUUGAUGAAAAUCAUAAAUAUUACAGCCUUUUAAAUCAUAUAUAUCUGAAGUCCACUCAGAAUCGUUUUUCGUUAAGAAUAAUUAAAUGUUGCGUACAGAUAGGUAUUAAAUUUCUUUUUAUAUACUACCUUCCCAAUACUAAGUAUUCAGGAACCUAAUAGUUUACCGCCUGUCUUCUUAAAGAACUAUAGAAGUGUACUUUUUACACAAUUACAUUUAAUUUUUAAUAAGUUUCUAAAAAUGAGUACAUUUCCAGAAUUUUGGAAAAAAUCAUUUGUAACCUAGAUUUAUAAGUUUGUGGAUAAAGCAAAAGUUUGAAAUUAUAAACCUAUUUUUAAAUUAUCAGCUAUUCCAAAAAAAAUAUUAUUACUAAAAAACUUUCAUUUUUAAUGUUAUGUUACACAAAUUAGGUAAUAAUCAACAUGGUUGUUUUAGAUAGAAUGAAUCAAUACUUACUAAUUUAGUUUUAUAUCAAUGAAUUAUUAUUUCUGGUUUGGGGGCAGUAAGUUGAUUCAAUAUAUACAGACUUUCGCAAGGUAUUUGAUAAAGUAGACAAUCAACUUUUAUUAGUGAAAUUGGACUAUUAUGGUUUAAAUAGCUAAUUUUUUAAUGUGAAUAAAUCAUAUUUUAUUAAUCGUUAUCAAGUCGUAAAAUUAAGUUCUGUAAUCUACCGAUAUUAAAGUCCACUCUGGGAUACUACAAGGAUCCUACUUAGACCCUUUAUUAUACAUUUUUUUUUUUUUGUAAAUGACUUGUCUAGUAUUUUUAAUGUUUUUAUAAGAUUAACUAGUAAAAUAGAUGACCCUGAGUUACUUUCAAUGGUUGUUUUUCACACUAAUUAUCAAAGUGAUUAAAAUGUUUAGUUUUUUGUUAUGUAUCAUUAAUUAUAACAUUUGACAUUUAAUUUUUCAUAAAUUAAUUUUACUUAAUAGUAUAGAAAAUAGUGUUGAUCUUUUUCUUUGUCUUGGACAUUUUUAAAUCAAACAUUUAUAAUACGUUAGCUAAUUGUACUUUAUAGUUUAUUUUAUUUGUUUAUUAUGUUUGUUAUCUAUGUCCUUUUUUGAUUUAUAGUUAAAGUUUAUACCCGUUUACAAAUUAUAAAAUAAAAUUAUUUAUUUAUUUAUGUAUAUUUUUUUUUGGUUUAACAGGAAAUAGCAUUGUACUUAAAAGGCGUACAUUUUGAUAAAGGUUUAUUGAUGACUUGGCGUGGUUCUUAUGAAGUACCAGAUAAAGUAAUCAAAACAGUACGUGCAACAAUUCGGAUGAAAUCACGCCAAAAUGAAGUAAAAGAUACAUCACGUCAUGUUCGUAUUGCCAUUCUUGUGUAUGCUGUUCAGAAUAAAAUCUCUCAUGUCAUAACUGUUGUACAAAAAGUUGCAUUGUUCGACCAAAAUCAAAGUGUUGUAACUAUUGAUGAUUUAAUGGUGUAUAAUGCAUUUAACCAACCAACAAUCAAUGAAGAAUUAAAUAAUAUAAACGGCACAAAUGUGUCAUACUUUGGGUCUGAUCGAAUUCCAUUAAAGUUCCAUGUUAUAAUUACUCCUUUUAUACCUGGAUUGACUGAUUCUCAUAUUGGCACCAGAAUACAACAUGUACACUUUUAA